AUGCAGUUUGAGAUGCACGACCACGUGAAAGGCAAAGCCAUGUCCUACCCGGUGACCAGCCAGCCCCAGUGCGCCAGCAGCUGCUACCAGACCCAGCUCAGCGACUGGCACACGGGGCUCACCGACUGCUGCAACGACAUGCCCGGCUCCGUUGGGCACGACUGGGCGGCGCUCACCUUCUGUCUGCCCUGCUCCCUCUGCCAGAUGGCCCGAGAACUGAAGAUCAGGCAGUGA